AUGGACGCGAUCAGGGUCAAAAAGCAGUCUCCGGCCAAAAGGCGGGCGGACGGAGUCAUUCGUCGUCCAGGCCAAACAGCAAAAAAGCGGCAAGCGACAACUCCGCCCCGAAUGACUCGAUCUAUGCUUAAGAAGCUCAACGAGAAUGGAGGGUCACCUGUAGAACUCAACCCAGGGCUGGAUAUGGGUGUCAAGCGACGGGGUCCAAGAACAACACGGCCUCCGAAGCGACCUGCGCAGGACCAAGAUAUUACAGACAGUGUCAAGCAGAUCGUUACAAAAAAGAGAAAGGCAGCAAAAGCACAAACCAGAGAGUACAAAACUGGAGGAAUUGAGCCUGCAAAACCAGAACCUGCAGAGCAAGAGCCCAAGGAACUGGAACACACAGUGCCCAAGCUUGCCGAGCCACAAGUCACGGAGUCACAGCCUGUGGGGCUACAAACCACAAGAUCACAACCCGCAGAGCCGCAGCUCGUAACGGCACAGGCCUCAGUACCAGUGACGGCAGCACCAGAAAAUACAACAUCGCAGCCGGGAGAUUUGCACACAAGGAUCUCAAAAGCCGAUGUUGCUGCGGCGUCUCGACUCGCCCAGGCAGCACUUGCGGCAGGACUUACGAGAACAACUCCGGAGCCUGCGACCCCUGUGGUUGAAGAACGCCCAAGGCUUGUGCGCUUUUCGAAAAAAGACCUCAGGGAUAUUCUAAGUGAGGUCGUGGUGGAUGACAGAACCCGUCAGAGAAUGGAGCCUCACUGGCUCGCGAGGACGGAAUUCCUCACAUGGUGGGAGCGGCCCGCGGCCGACACGGACCACAUCAAGGAGCAAGUCCGCAGGCUGGCAAUACGGUGGAGCAAGGACCUCCAGGCUCGAAGUCCUGAUGAUUCGUCUAUACCUACACCCAUCCUGGAAUCAUGGCGAGCUGACCUCGUCAUCAUGGGUGGCCCUGAACAGGACGUAGGCGGCAAUGGGGCUGAGAACGAAGGUGCGAAAGUGACACAGGAUCAAAAUUCAGACGAUUAUGGACCGGUAAGACGAGAGCAGAGCAAGAAUGAAGUCGGGAUGGAAGGAGAUGGAAGGACUGAGGUCAAGAAGCAGGGGGGUGACGGAGUAGAUCAAGUUGAGGGAGCCGACGACAACCCCAGGGCUGCAGAAGCACUCGCCGAAGAACUGAUGAUGGCAAUGCGAGAAAUGGUUGAAUGGAAGAACUAUUUUGACAAGGAAAUGGCAGCUCAGCCGGAGUUCAGGAGGAGGCGUGCCUGGACUACGGUCGUAUCGGAGUCUCAGCAGGAAGCGACGGCACUCGAAGAAGCAGCACGGGACCUGGGCAUGCGCAUACACCAGUUUGGAUUGUCCACAGAUUUGGCCGAGAAAUCCGCGCAACCUUUGCUGAGUGACCUGCGGAGUUUCAGGCAUAAGCUCAAAAUGGACCGCGCGGCAUUUUGGGAUGAGUUCGAUGAAGAAGGAGCAGAGGCUUUGUUAGAAAAGGCGCGAAGCGGUGGGAACGCUGAGGCACAGAUACGAGAUGACACUCAGCAAAGCGAAAUGCAGACGGCCAAGGCAGUCAUAGAGGCAAGGCUCCCGUCAGAGCCUGUGGUCGAGGGCACAUCUCUGACCGAGAGGGACUCCGAGGGCGAGACCGCGAGUGAGCCGGAGAAGGCUGCCAUCCAGGCGGCGGAUAUUCAAACACCCACCAAAGACGACACCAGUAUGACAGAUAUUGAAGACCGCAACGACGUCGUAGCUGGCGAUGAACGUAUUUCAGGAUCUGAAACAGGACAGGCUGAACCCCUUUCCGAAGUAGCGAAUAGUGACAGCGAACCGGCGUCAAUGCCUGUCGGACCAGAGCACAAGCCAGAAGGAAAGCCCAGUGAGGGAUCCCUCGACCCCGAUCAGCAUGAUGAAUCUGCUUCGAUAAUGACAGAGCCAUUGGUGGAGAGCAACAGUAAAGUCGCAGAGCUCCACCAAUGGCGCGACGCUGAACGAUUUGCACGUAAAAGCCCCAUGGGCCUGCCGAGGGUAGCAGAAGAAAAGGAGUUCGAUGCAUCGCCUGUAGCCAAGCCUCAAGAGCAGGGUAAAGAAAGGGAAAGACCAGAAGCGGCACAGAUGGAUCCUCAUAGAGAACCUACUUCUUGUGUGCCGGAGAGGAGCGGCGGUCAGAGCCCAUCUCGACAACGUCCAGGUCGAGAACAACAAGCGUCCAAGGUAACCAGGCUUUCUGCCGCGGUCACUGCGGAGGGACAACCAAACCCUUUCCGCGAGGCCAGGAUAUGCAUCGCUGCUCAUUUGUACAAAUCCGCAACAAUCGAGGAAGGCAGUAGCGAAGGAGAUCGCACAAACAAUCAAGCCUCGACAUCCCCUGACACAACCGGGAUGUUUACGCCGGAGACGAACUCUGCGGCAUCUAGAACCCGUUCAGCGAGCCCAGAGAUAGUCACCUGCAAAUCACAAAACGAGGAGGAUGACAAGUCUUCCAUUGCCUCCAAUAUCUCCAGUUUGCCUGGCGAUCCAGGCUCUCCUGGGCCCGGCCAGUCAGAGACUGCUGAGGGAGUCGGGGAGGGAGUCGGGGAGGGAGACGUCGGGGGCACGCCUCCAGAUACCCAGGACGACGUCGCCUUGGCAGAAGACACAAGCUUGCCGCAAGACGUUAAUUCUUCCGUGGCGGUCGUAUCCAUAGGGAACACCGAGGAAGUCAGUGGCACCAUAGAAGAGGCGGUGGAGGACAUCUCGCCCAGCACUCAUAUAAAGAGGUUGCUAGAGGAAGUAAGCAUGCCACGGGAUAUGGGCGCUUCGAUCACCAGCGAACUGUCACGGCAAUUGGAGGAAAGUGACGGCAAGCCAGAAGGGACAGCAGACCGUGACCCUACUCCGAAGUCACCGCAAGGUACAGGCCACACGGCGUCCGGCAUCCCGUCAGGCAGCGACGUGGGGUUGAAAAUCCAAGUCGAACAAGCCGUCGAGGACGGUGCUGCCCCUGGUGCUGCCCCUGAUGCAACCCCUCUUCCACAAACAAGCAGCAUUGGAGGUGACAUUGACUCCCCCCCAGCCCGGAGCGUCCAGGAGAGCACGCUUGUUGUUCCAACUGUGCGGUACAUUAAGCCGCAGUGGGAGGAUACGGGUAGCCUGUUCAGUCCUGAGGAGCCCACGUACAGCUAUAGUGCGAACGAGGCGGAGGAAGACGACGGCGACGAGGCCAACUCUAUCGAUGAUAAAGAAACCGAUGACGUUGAUCCAUGA